AUGAAAGUUCAAGAGUUGUUAGACUCAAAAAUCCUUACUGUUGCAAAUUCUCACCAGAAGAAACGGACAAAUGUUGUGGAAGAUAUCUUGGUUGCUGAGGGCUCAAGUGAUUCUAUUAAACCAAAACCCCUCACCAUCUUUUACCGUGAAAAGCCAGAUGCACCUAGCUGCAGGCAAGAUGUAUCAUCUCCUUCACUCCCAGUUGACAAUAUCACUAGAGUGGGAGGUUUGACACGAACUGGGAGAUGUUAUACACCGGAUAGCCUGCUAAAGCGCGUGAAUGAAACUACUAGUGAAAAGAAUAAAGAAAAAGCAAGUGAGAAGAAGAAGGAGAAAGUGGAAGAGGAUAAGAAAGGGAAGGCCAAACUCCACGAGGAUGUCCAUGAUGAACUGGUGGAGGCAAUUGUUGUAAAGGAUGUAAGUCCUAAACAACCUGUGUCCGAGGAAGAGACUCAAGAGUUUCUGAAGCUAGUGAAGCAAAGUGAAUACAAAGUUAUUGAACAAUUAGGUCGGACACCCGCAAAGAUCUCUAUAUUAUCUUUAUUGUUAUCCUCUGAAGCGCAUCGGAAUGCACUGUUAGAGGCCUUGAAACAGGCUUUUGUUUCACAAGACAUCACAGUGGAUAAUUUGAGCAACGUUGUGGGGAAUAUAAUGACAUCUAGCUCCAUCACUUUUACAAAUGAGGAGAUACCACCAGAGGGUACAGGACAUACCAAAGCUCUCCACAUCUCAGUUAAGUGUAAAAACUUCCUAAUAGCAAAAGUCCUUGUGGACAAUGGAUCUUCUUUAAACAUAAUGCCAAGAUCCACGCUAGAGAAGUUACCCGUUGAUAUGUCCCAUAUGAGACCUAGUACUGUGAUAGUAAGAGCUUUCGAUGGAGCUCGCAGCGCUUUUGUUGGGGAUAUUGAGAUCCCGAUCCAGAUAGGUCCUUGCACCUUUGACAGAACAUUUCAGGUUAUGGACAUCACAUCAGCUUAUAGUUUCUUGCUGGGGCGACCUAGGAUACAUUCGGCAGGAGCAGUUCCAUCCACUUUACAUCAGAAAAUUAAGUUUGCGAUUGACCAAAAGUUAGUGAUCAUAUCGGGACAAGAAGACAUUCUAGUCUCAAGGCUUGCUUCGAUGCCAUACGUUGAAGCAACAGAAGAAGCUUUUGAGUCUUCAUUCCAAUCAUUCGAGAUUGAAAAUGCAACAACUUUACAUGGAAAGUUUGGAAGACCUAAGUCACGACUUUUAGAGACCGCCUUUAAAGGAGACAAUGAGAGCUUAGACAAACUGCUGAGGAUGGCUAAGAAUACAAAGAAGUUCGGGUUGGGGUAUAAACUAAGUAGAGGCGACAUCAUUAGAGUGCGGAGUCUGGAAAAAGCAAAACGCCUCUCAAGAUUUGAGAAUGAGGAGCGUGAUUACCCUAGGAGGAUUGUUCCACCUCUCACCCACUCUUUCAGAAGUGCCGGGACAAUCCAUCAAGAGUACGAUGAGAGCUCUGUAGUGGCAGCAGUGACAGAAGAAAGAGAGCAAGUCGGACCUUUUGUCUACCUGUGUCCAGACGGUUUCGAGCUGAGCAAUUGGAGCGUGAUAGAGCUACCGUCUUUUGUAAAUAAUAAAUMAAAGUAA